GAGAAAAUCAGAGAAAGUGACAGAGGCAGAGAGAGAGAGAGACAGAGAGAGAGAGACACAGAGAGAGAGAGAGAGAGAUGGUUGAGUUUUAACUCUCACACACUCUCAGUCAGACUCUCUCGCUCUCGUGCGCACACACACUGAUCUGUCUGACAGGCAGCGAUGAUGAUGAUGAUCCUGUUUUUCCUGACUGUCGUCAUUUCCCGGCUUGCACAUGGAAUGCCAGGAUUCCAGGUGCGUCUGGUUGGCGGGAGAAACAAGUUUGAGGGCCGCGUGGAGGUGUUCCAUAACAACGAAUGGGGAACCGUGUGCGAUGACGAGGUGAACAUCAAUCUGGCGAAUGUCGUAUGUCGAGAACUGGGAUUCUCGCACGGCCUCACCUGGGCCCACAGUGCCAAGUUCGGCAAGGGGCGAGGUCCUAUCUGGAUGGAUAACGUCUUAUGUACGGGCGCAGAGAACUCGCUAUCGGACUGUCGAUCUAACGGCUGGGGAGUAAGCGACUGCACACAUGCAGAAGAUCUGGGCGUCAUCUGCAGCCCAGUGCGACCCCAGCAGGGCCACGUCCCACAUUACCAAGAAUCAGCUCAACCUGCCCCCGCUCCACCACCUCAACCCCAAUCUCAAAUCUCCAACUCCCCAUCAAACCCUCCUAUAGAUGCCCAGGUGCCCGCCAGCUCCACCUACAGACGGGGGCAUGAAAUAGCCCUCCGUCGCAACAGCCAGGGCUCAUCGUCACCACAGCUACAUGGCCAUCAAAUCCAACUGCGCCGGCAAGGAUUCGAAAACACCGCCACUACACGUGAACAUGAAAACUCUGUGCCAAGAGGACACCAGUUACCAAAUUUUCUGCACAACAGGGCCACAUACAGACGGGCUCAGGAGGCUCCGCACGUACCGGUCAGUCAGACUCAAUUCCAAGAGACUCCACCCAGACCACCAGCUCCAGCACGCAGACCUGAAGCUGACCCAGUUUACAAUCCAGAGCCAGCGUAUCCCAGUGUGGAGCACAAUAACAGGAUGGAUCUGGACUUCAGUGACACUGACAGCCAGUACUCUGGUUGGGUCAGUCUGGAAGAGGUGCGACUCAGACCUGUUCUGUCGGCCACCCGAGAUGCUACCAUGGUAACAGAAGGUGUGGUGGAAGUGAAGCAUGCUGGGAAAUGGAGGCAGGUGUGUAGUUUGGGUUGGGAUGACAACGACAGUCGAGUGGUGUGUGGGAUGCUGGGAUAUCCUGCAGCAGGACAACAUGACACACGUGCGUAUCGGAAACUGUGGGACACCAAGAUGGAGGAUCAAACCACAAGUAAAAAACGUUUCUGGGUGGAGCGUGUUCAGUGUUCGGGUACGGAGGUGUCGUUGGCACGGUGCCAGGCGCAGCUCUCUGUCCCGCAUCACAACAACCCCUGUAGCGGUGGCAUGCAUGCAGUGGUGCGCUGUGUACCUGGAGCGCAGUUCUCAAGAAUUUCCGCCUCUGGUUACCCACAGGCUCCGCCCCCUCGGAAUACUGUGGUGCGUCUGAAGUCGGGUCCGCGGCUCGGCGAGGGCCGUGUUGAGGUGCUCAGAGACGGGAAGUGGGGAACCGUCUGUGACCAUCUGUGGGACCUUCCUGCAGCCAGUGUCAUGUGCAGAGAACUGGGCUUCGGUUCGGCCAAAGAGGCCCUGAGAGGAGCUCACAUGGGACAGGGUACCGGUCCAAUCCACAUGAAUGCAGUUCAGUGCUCAGGCCGAGAGAGCUCCAUCACACACUGUCAAUUUCAGGAGGUUCCUCUGAGAUCCUGCAAGCACACUCAGGACGCGUCUGUCCGCUGUAACGUCCCCAACACUGGACUCGGCUCCACGGUGCGUCUGGCGGGGGGUCGAGAGGUCGCGGAGGGGCGUGUGGAGGUGUUGAUGGAGGUGAGCGGGCAGCGGCGCUGGGGGUCGGUGUGCAGUGAGAACUGGGGCAUUAAUGAAGCGAUGGUCGUGUGCAGACAGCUCGGGUUCGGCUUCGCUUCCAGAGCGCAUCAGGAGACGUGGUUCUGGCCCGGGAAUGCCGGAUCUGAGGACCUGGUCCUGAGUGGAACUCACUGUAUCGGGACGGAGAUGUCCAUUCAGCAGUGCCGUAGAAAUGGACAGGUGUACUGUCCGAGAGGGGGCGGGGCCAAAGCUGCCGGGGUCACCUGUGUGGACGUGGCUCCGGAUCUGGUUGUGGAUGCUCAGUUGGUUCAGGAAACGGCGUAUCUGGAGGAUCGAUCGCUGCGCCUGCUCACCUGCGCACACGAGGAGAACUGUCUGUCGUCGUCUGCCGUGCACAUGCACUGGCCGUAUGGACACCGGCGUCUGCUGAGAUUCUCUUCACGGAUCAUGAACCUCGGACGCGCCGACUUCAGACCGCGAGCGACGCGAGAGUCCUGGACCUGGCAUCAGUGCCACAGACAUUACCACAGUAUUGAAGUCUUUACACAUUAUGACCUUUUGACCCUGAAUGGCACAAAGGUCGCUGAGGGUCACAAAGCCAGUUUCUGUUUGGAGGACACCUACUGCCCUGAAGGCCUGACCAAACGCUACGCCUGUUACAACAUGGGUGAACAGGGCAUCUCUGUGGGUUGCUGGGAUACGUAUCGCCACGACAUCGACUGCCAGUGGAUUGACAUCACUGACGUCAGACCGGGUGACUAUAUCUUCCAGGUCGAGGUUAACCCGUCUCUGGACAUGGCAGAGUCAGACUUCCAGAACAAUGUGAUGCGCUGUAGAUGCAGGUAUGACGGAGGACGAGUGUACCUGUACGGCUGUCACGCAGGUGAUGCAUACAGUGCAGAGGUAGAGGACCUGUUUGAACACCAGCGUCAGAUUUCAAACAACUUCCUCUGACAGAACACAGGGGUGGGACAGGAAAUACAGGACUGACAGUUUCCUCUGGUCGCAAUACUUCAGGUCAACUUCCUCUGCCGUGUGUGAUGUCAUCACCCAUCAGCCAAUCAGAGCUCAUGAUAGAAAGACCAGCGGAGGAGGCGUGUUUUAAGUGUUGUGAUGGAUGUGGGUGGACUCUGUCUCAUGAUUGAUGGGUAGUGGGCGGGGUUAGUGUCGUGAUUGACAGGUAGGGGGCGUUCAGUCUCGUCUUCAUUUAGGCCAGUAUUCAUGAAACGCUGUUUGAGAAUUACAAAACACAGAAGUUCAGUUGAACUUUGUCAGCAUUGCUCAGUUAUACCAUAAACGAGUUUUGUGAAUUUGGAAAUGGUGUAUAAAUGUUUUGAGUUUCACUCGGAGUUCAGUGAAAACUUUCAUCUUCAUUUAAGAUUCAUUAGAGCAAAAAAUAAAUAAAUGUGACGCUUUAUUUCCACAAACCCAAAGAACAUAAUAAUAGACUAGAUGCUUUUUCAGGACGUUUGAUUGGAAGUCACUGUAAAAUAAUUGAAGUGUCAUUGUUUCUGGUGCUUGUGCUUAUUUCUGAUUCUAAUUCUCUUUUUUAUUUUGCAUUAGUUUGACUCAUUAGCAUUGGAGCUUUAGAUUAGAAAGAUAAUUAUAUGCAAAGUAAUAUUCCAUUAGUCUCUAAAGACAAUGUUGCAGGAAACGUUUGUUAAUCAGAAUGAAAACAUUCGAUUUCUGGUCAUUUAUUUCGAUGUUUUAAUCUCCCUUCAGCUUUAAAGAGCCGCUGGUGCUGGUGAUUUUAGUGGCUUUUAAACAUUUAGCCAUCAAUAAUAACGUCAAAUGAAUAUUAUAAGAGCUGCAUUGAUUCUGUUGUUCCAUUUAAAGCAUGAAAUAAACAUGUUUCAUUACUGUUGUAUUGGCAUGUACAGGUUUAUGAUUAAUACAUGUUUAAUGUUCUUGAAACAGAUGAAGAGAACAGUCGGUCAGAUUGUGCUUCAAUACUUGAAUAAUAAAUGUUUCCUCUGUCUCUCCCAGGAAAUGUGAGAAUGUAAUAUGU